ACAUCGCCGGUCGCCGCCCGGUUGCGUCAGCACGCCUGGAAGCGCCGAGGCGGCGAAGAUGGCGGCUUCUGCGGCCGGCCUGGGCGGCGGCGGCGCGGGCCCAGGGCCCGAACCGGGAGAUUUCCUGGCCCGCUAUCGUCAGGUGUCCAACAAGCUCAAGAAGCGGUUCCUGCGGAAGCCGAACGUGGCGGAGGCCGGCGAGCAGUUCGCCCAGCUCGGCCGCGAGCUGCGCGCCCAGGAGUGCCUGCCGUACGCGGCCUGGUGCCAGCUGGCGGUGGCGCGCUGCCAACAGGCGCUCUUCCACGGGCCCGGCGAGGCGCUGGCGCUGACAGAGGCCGCGCGCCUCUUUCUGUGGCAGGAGCGCGACGCGCGCCAACGCCUGGCCUGCCCCGCCGCCGGCGGGGAGGCCCUGCAGGCCGCCGCCGCCGCGCUGGGCGCCGCCGUGCGCCUGAACCUGGAGCUCGGGCAGCCGGCCGCGGCCGCCGCGCUCUGCCUUGAGCUGGCGGCCGCCCUGCGCGACCUGGGCCAGCCGGCCGCUGCCGCCGGCCACUUCCAGCGCGCCGCGCAGCUGCAGCUGCCCCAGCUGCCCCUGGCCGCCUUGCAGGCGCUUGGCCACGCCGCGUCCUGCCAGCUGCUGGCCCGGGACUACAGCGGCGCGCUGGCGCUCUUCACGCGCAUGCAGCGCCUGGCGCGGGAGCUCGGCGGCCCCCUGCCGCAGCCGCCGCCGCCCCUGCCCCUGCAGCCCGCCGUCCCCGCGGCCCUCGCCCCGCCGCUCCCGCCCGGCGCUGGGCCGCCGACUACCGCCGCCCCGGCAGCGCUGGGCGCCUUCGCCGACGUGCUGGUCCGCUGCGAGGUGUCCCGCGUGCUGCUGCUGCUGCUCCUGCAGCCGCCGCCCGCCAAGCUCCUGCCGGAGCACGCGCACACCCUGGAGAAGUACGCCUGGGAGGCCUUCGACGGCCACGGGCAGGACAGCAGCGGCCCGCUGCCCGAGGAGCUGUUCUUGCUGCUGCAGUCCUUGGUCAUGGCCACGCACGAGAAGGACACGGAGGCCGUCAAGUCGCUACAGGUGGAGAUGUGGCCCCUGCUGAGCGCCGAGCAGAACCACCUCCUGCACCUCGUUCUGCAGGAAACCGUCUCGCCGUCGGGCCAGGGGAUCUGAUGAAUCCCUGACGGGAACCCCGCCACGCUGUGCCUGUUCCCGAAACUCACGCACUGGCCUGCGCGUUUGCGGGAGCAUGAUAGACCUUGAUCCCGGUGCGGAAUGUAGUUGACUAAAGUCACCUUGUUUCCAUAACAGUGGCAGAAAAAAAAACAAACCCAUAUAAUAGAAUCGGAGGACACAGCUCACGUCACCAGGAAUUUCAGCAUAAACUUGAGAAUCCCUUGGGUCCCUUUCACCCAAUUGUCCCCUCACCCCACUUCACCCCCCUCGAAGGCUCCCCUUUCCCCACAUCCUCGUUUCACACAGGAUUUAUUUGCAUAGCUCUGGCUUGGAACUCUAGCUGCAUGAUUUUUUCAUGGUGACUCUGAUUCCUUAGCAUAUUCCGAUGUCUGCCUGCGCGAUCGCCCAGUUCCUCCUUUGUUUCAUGCGCCUCAUAGGUAGUAUUCGUUGGAAUCGUUGAAUUCGUUGUAUUCAGUCCUCCGCGGUUGUCACUACAGCCCUCAAUCUAUGAUAAAGCCUUUCUGACACUCCUGACCUGUGGUUUAGAUUGAUCUCCUCUGUAAAAUUGGAAUAGCACAAACAGAUAGUUCCCUUUUAGAUAGUUUCCUUUUAGAUCCGAGGUGGAUUCAUUCACUUGAAAUGGACACUGUGCCUAUGAAUCUACAGAGAUCAUUUGCAAAGUGGUCCUUAGCUGCAAAGUGUAUGUUUUCGGUGCAAACGCGGUGAGCCUGGGAGUAGAGGUGAGGGUGGGGUGAGCUCCAGCACAAAGGUGUCAGAUGUGCCCUGGAGUUUUCAGUUGAGGUUGUUCCGAGAGGUCCAGGUAAUCCACACAGGCAGGUUUUACUUGUAGUAUGGACCCUUCUACAAAUCUUCCUUUAACUCAGAUAUAUAAAAUCAGCAUCCUUCUUUGGUCUAGCGUGAUCACGUAUAUGCCAGACUGUGCCCUUGGUCCCCAAAAGCAGGGUGGUGGUCCAUUUUUAAACACUAUAGAUUUCUGGUCCAAAUGAUACAUGCAAAACUGACUUAACUGUUUUCUCAAAUUUUCUUUAGUGUUGAGUGUGAUGACAAGAGCUCUUGAGAAUAUAUUCUCAUUCUCAGCCAUUCAGUUUGGGAAAAUGCAUCCUUUAGGCUGAAGUUGUAGACAGCACUAAUCUUUUGGGGUGAGAUUUAAGCACUCAGUUUGGGAAUCUAUCUUGCUUUUGCAUAUUUGGUGGGGAGGGGGAAUAUGUGGAGUGUUGUAUGAGAUAAGUGCCCCCAAAUGGGUCGGACUUUACGGUAUUUUUUGUACCUCUAUUUCAGCAGUGUGGAAGCAGUGGCUAAGCAAGUAUGGGGAGCCCACUGGAGACAGAUGCAGGCACCCCUCCUGUACUCUCAUGUGGCUGCCAGGAAGGGGCCUUCCAAGCCCUGAAAGCCCAGUCCAACUUAUUGCCAAGGUGGUGAGGGUGCAUGCUCUCUUGUGCGUUUGCUUUUUCUAGGACACUCAGCCCUGGCUGCUUCUCUUAUCGUCCUUAGGACAAGAAUGCUUAUGAAUGAAUUAUGGAGUGUGCCUGGUGAGAGCAUUUGGAUUUAGGCACAAGGGAAAACCUCCUUUGUUGUUGUUUAGUCACUAAGUCAUGUCUGACUCUUUGUGACCCCAUGGACUCUAGCCCCAUGGACUUUAGCCCACCAGGCUCCUCUGUCCAUAGGAUUUCCCAGGCAAGAAUACUGGAGUGGGUAGCUAUUGCCUUCUACAGAGGAUUUUCUCAAACCAGGGAUGAAAUCUUUAAUAGUUUAAAGAUCUUUAAUACUGAGCCACCGGCGAAGCCCUUAAAAGCUUGCUUUGAGGGAGUGAGGUGAGGAAUUACCACAGAGCCUGGUAUUGCAUAUUCAAGCCGAACUUUAGAAAACACUAAAGACUGUUUUCUGUUUGCCAUUGGUUCAUUUAUGUAUCUUCCUCAGACACUUUGUAGCACAGAGAGCUGGGCUAGGGCCACACUUCAGUGAUUUUGACAGAAUUCUCUUGCUGUAUAUCAUUACCUGAUGUCAACAUUAACACUGAUUUCUAACACAACCAAAGAUAAAUAUUUUAAAAGGACAGGAUUAUUGUUCUUUUAAACUUGAAAACCAGAGGAAAAGAUCUGCAUCAUUGAUACUUUCAUUGACAGUUCAAAAUUCACAUUCAAAAUAUUAUGAAAUAUUAAAAAUAGUGGCCAGUGAAGCAAUGAUCUUUAAAAGGUGUUGGGUUCUUUUACUCCCUUUAUGAGGGACUUCUGUGAUGAGCCAUUGCUUAUGAAAAAAUAUUUUUUUGUAUGUGAGUGGUUGCCCAGGUGGUUUCCACCUGGUUUCCUGGGGUUUACAGGUGGCACAGUGGUAAAGAAUCUGCCUGCCAAUGCAGGAGAUGCAGGAGACUCGGGUUUGAUCCCUGGGUGGGGAAGAUCCCCUGGAGAAGGAAAUGGAUACCCAUUCCAGUAUUCUUGCCUGGAAAAUAAAAUGGACAGGGGAGCCUGGCAGGCUACAGUCCAUGGGGCUGCAAAUGACUGAGGGACUGAACAUGUGGAUGGUACAAAGAUUUUAAAACAUUUGAGAACCAUUAUAAUGGAGGAAGAUGACUAAGACUGAAAUGUGUAAAUUAAUCAGGCAUGCUCUGGGAUGGUAGAGUUGUGGUUAGUGUGAACUGAAAAGGCAUCUAUCUCUACUGCCAUUAGACUAGACCACCAGUCCAGAAACUUGUUCGGUAGAGGAGAUGGAGAUAUUUCAGUUUUUUUGAUCCAACUAAACAUUCAGUGACUAAUAUACUAUGACUAAGGGCAGUUUUCCCAGGAUUGCAGCACUGAGUUGUGCUGGAGCCAGCUAGGGUUAGCUUGUGAGAAGCAAUUGUGGCUGUCUGCUCCCAAGUUUGCAUUCAGUGACCUUGCAUCAGCAGCUUGAAAUCAGGUGUGAUGGGAAAUAUUUACAUUAUGGAAAUCAGCAAAUGUUACAAAUAAAGCCCCUUCCCCUGACUGCCCUCCACUUUGCCCCAGAGCUGGUUGGUAAACGUUCACCAGCCCACCAUUGAAUGUGAGUAUAAUUUACAGCAAAUAGAAUAAAUGUGAUCAUAUUCAAGAUGCUGAAAAAUCAUGUGAUGAGAUUCUACAGCCUUUCCAAAUAAAGUAGAAGCAAGAAAGUUUUUAAAUGUGAUAAAAAAUAUUUGAAAUUAACAACAUUAUAUUAAACAGUGAAAUAUGGGAUCCAUUCCCAUUAAAGUCAGAAGCAAGAAACACAUUUAUAAUAAAGGUAAUAUAUCUGUAUCUAUACAUAUCUAUCAAACUGCAGACAAAAGAACAAAGAGCAUUUUGCUCACCACCCAAGUCUACAAAGACUGAUCUGCUGCAGCUGGUGAUAGACAGGGUACUGGGUGUUCAGAGGAAAAGAUUAACAGGAUAACAGGAUGAGGCAUUUGUGUGUUUCAGAAUUUAAACACUGUGUGUUUCAGGAAAUUCAAAAUGAUAACAGGAUGCUCUGUGCUUUGGACAGACAGGUCCUUAAGUAGUUAAUAUGCAUUUCAAGAAUUGUAAUGAACCCUGCUUUUUGCAUCUUCCCAUACACAGAAAAACAGUAUAACCAUGAACUUGAAACAUCUGUUCUUUGUGAGUAGCAGUAAUAUUUUACCAAGAUGUAUGUCUGAUUACAUGUAUGCCUUAACAGCAAAACAUGUAACCUAGCUUCCCCUCACCUCUUCAGAGCAGCUCCCAGAACUAUCUGAGAGACUUGUCUCCCAGACUAUAGUCCUCAGUAAGACCCUGAAUAAAAUUUGACUCACAACUCUCA